AUGCAAAUUCUCAAUCGAGUGCUACUUGCCGAAGAUGGUAUCAUCCUAGUCGAUAACGUGUUCGCACGAGGCUUCGUGGUCGGAGAGAGUCCUGCAAACAUUGACGGUGCGAGACUUGACCAUUGGAACGAAGCAGGGAAGCUUGUGGUGGAUUUCAAUGCUUAUAUUGCGGCUGAUCCUAGGAUCACUGUGACCAUUUGGCCAUUCUUUGAUGGAAUCUCCGAGAUCAAACUCAAGCAUUAG